AUGGACGACGAAUUCAACCUCCAGGGUAUGAACGGCCCGUUCCACAUCGAUGCACCACAGGCCCGCGAACACCCUCAGUCCAGCGGGUUAACUAAUGAGUUCAUUCGGGCUCCACGUAAGCAACUAGCCCAAAAGAUAAGAGCAGUCGUCAAGAAGGAGAAAGAGGUAGCUCAGCUCGAUGCUGAAGAUUCGCCGUCGUAUAUUCGGCAAGGCCACUUCCGUUUGAUGGACCUUCCGGCAGAACUACGUGUCUACAUCUACGAAUCCCUACUGCCACACAACAGCAUCAUCUCCUUUGAUCGCAAGGCAAGCCCUCCGUAUCUUAGCCGAAAAGCAAUCCUCUACGGCUCAAACACAUAUCUCUUCACCAUCAACAGCCACCCACACCAGCCGUCCUCUCUACGCUCCCCUCAGAUCUUCGGCGCAUUUGGCUACAACGACCGCCAACUGCUGCUGCGCAACCUACGCAGCAUCACCGUGGACGUCAGCAUCAAUGACAGCUCGCACUGGGACGUGAAGCGCCUGCGCACGCGUCUGGAUUACUUCGUCGAGGUACUCAAACAGCACGCCGAUGACGCAAAUCAAUCGUCGCUCCUCACACAACUCACCGUCUACAUGGCGGACCGCUCGCACCUCCACUGGCGCAUGCGCAACGUCGGCCCGCCCAUGGCGUCUGAGAGACCCGAGAUCGACAAGUAUAUGUUUGGGCUCGAGAGCCUUGUGGGUUUGACUGGGAUCAAGGAUGUUACUGUUGGUGGUGUACCGGAGUGGUAUGCGAAGUGCUUGCAGCUGUGUGUGCAGGGCAGGGGGGGUGAGGUGAAGGAGACGGAAUGGCCGUUGGUGAAGGUCAAGCACGCUAAGAAGAAGAAGGUCAAGUGGGUGUCGACAAGGCAGUGGUGGCAGCCAGUGUGGAAUUGGAAGGAGUUCGCGGAGAGGAAUGGGGUGGAGAUGCCGGAGAAUGUGGAUAAGUACUGGAUGGAUCAGCCUUGA